AUUGAGCUGGUCUCUUAGGCCUGCGCCAAAGUCCUCUUCUCUCCCAAAGGUCGUUUGGCCCCCGCAAACAUGUCAGCCGAGGAUUCAUUCCCUCUGCCGAGAGCUGAACUCAUUGCGUUGUUUCUCGAGUCGCUGCUCUUUGGUGCCUUCGCGGUGCUGUACAGCAUAUCAAUAUGGAUUCUCUUGUAUCGUGAGAAGCACCAUGGUCGUUCCAAAGUGCACAAGUGGAUGUUCGCGACGGCAACGACCAUGUUCGUCCUCGCGCUUGCACAUCUGUGCUUCGACGUCCAAAGGGCAAUCGAGGGCUUCAUUGCGAAUGGUGGUACACCCUCCGGUACUGCCGAUUUCUACAACCGAUUGAGUAACCCAACGCACGUUGCAAAGUCGGCCAUCUAUAUCACACAGACGCUGGUAGGGGACGCCUUUGUCACAUAUCGGUUGUACGUUGUGUUCAACCGCAACCCGUGGAUUCUCGUCCUGCCUCUUUCGCUCUUGGUUGGCACCGGAAUCGCCGGAUACGGCAUCUGUGUCGUGCUGACGCAGAUCAAAGGAUCCGGCGCUAUCUUUUCACGCAAUCUCGUUCCUUGGAUAACUUCGUUCUUCUCCCUUUCUUUGACAACAAAUGUAAUCACAACGACACUCAUAUCUGGACGCAUCAUGUGGUCCAACUACAGGGUCCGGAGAUACCGCGCAGGCUACGCAGCUGUGACACAUUGGGGCGUAGUUGAAACCAUCGUCCAAUCCGCAGCCAUCUACUCUGCUGCGCUCGUCUCCCUGCUUGCCACGUAUGUCUCCGGCUCAAAUGCCCAGUACGUCUGCCUUGACUCCCUGCAACCUCUCAUUGGCAUCGUAUUUACGCUGAUCAUCAUCCGCGUCGGCCUCAACGAUACUACGAGCGAGCACUCGAAGGGACACAUGGCGGAUUCUCGAAUUACCACGACUGCUCCAGUGCUUCCUCCUAACGGAGCGGGCUAUCCUUUGCGGCCGCUUGCUAUCAGUGUAUCCGUGUCAAGGACGCACGAUCGGACGAGCUUCGAGGGAUUCGACCGGAAGGAAGCAGCCGUCACCAAGGAUUCGGAUAUCGAGAGCGGACAUGGUAGCACUCCAUGAACGCUCUAGCCUAUGUCCGAUGGGGUGGACUCGGGCUCGAAGAAUGACUCGACUUGUCAUGCAGAGUACGUGAUGUACAUGUGCGAUGGCAGCUAGUUGCGGUGUAUUUGUCCAUUUCCUUUCGUUGCUUGUUAAGCAUAUACUCUACGCCAAGGAUGACGGCCGCAUGUCUCCACUGUAGUUGUCUGUACCUGUGUU